AUGGCGCAGGCUCGAGCUGUGUCUGAUGCGGCGCAGGCCGCGGCUCAGGCCACACAGGCUGCUGAAGCUGUGAUGGCAAGCGCCAGUGAGGCGCGAAGGAUCGACGCCUUGUCCCGCUUCAUUCAGAAGCCAGACAUGUAUCGUCCGGACACGCGGGAGCAAGAGAUCGACCAAUGGACGGAUUGGCGACACAUCAUGCGGAACUAUCUGGGCGUGAUCGAUGUCAACUACCUGACCGAGAUCGACGCCGUGGAGGCCGCGACAAACGUGGAAGCUACCUUGGACGCCGCUCAGUACCCUGAGACGGCGCGGAGGUCUCGGGAGCUCUAUGCCAUCUUGGGCUCGUUCAUUCGAGGACGGCCGCUGAAGCUGCUACGCAACGUCCCCUCUUCGAACGGCUACGAGGCCUGGCGGCAGCUCAUGCUGGAAAUGCAGCCUCAAACCCGGCAGCGGCAGCUGGCCCUCAUGACCCAGCUCAAUUCGAUGACGUUCGACAUGAAGAAGUCCCUCAACGAGCAGCUGGGAAAGUAUGACGAGGUGGUCCGCGAGUACGAAAGGAUAAGUGGCAGCAUUUACCCUGAGGAUCUCAAGGUGAGCACCCUGGUGAACGCAGCCCCUCCGGCCCUUCAAGUCCAACUCCACAUGUCUUUGACUGCGACGACCACCUACAAUGAGCUGAAGGAGAAGGUCCUCGCUUACGAGCGCUCGACCACCAAGUGGCAGGCCGCUUCUGGACUUCAGUUCCCAGCUGCGGUGGCCAACGACACCUCGACGCCCAUGGAGGUCGAUGCGGUGAUUUGGGGUGGCAAAGACAAGGGUCGAGGACGCGGCGGCAAGGACAAGGACAAGACCAAGGGCAAAGGCAAGGACGCCUCAAAGGGCAAGGCAAAGGGAAAAGACAAGCCGAAGGGUGGCAAGCCUUCUUCCAAGACGGGAGGACGCACCAAAGCAGCUUGCCACACCUGCGGGAAAACUGGGCAUUUUGCCCGCGAUUGCUGGCACAACAAGGGCGGCGGCAAGGGGGUCAACCAAGUCCAGGAGGAGCAUGCUUCCCCGACUUCAACAACGAGCGCUUCUUCGCAACAACCAGUUACAGCCGCAGCUGCUAAGGCAGCUGUGCGGCGCGUUCGGAUGACAACGCCCCCAAUGGCCGCCAGGACCGAGAUCUUCGAUAUUUCCGAGGACACGAUCAUGGACUUUGCCCUCGAGCCCUACCAUAUCUUCAUGAUCUCGGCCGCGCCUGCCGCCACAGAGGAGCCCGAGCUCAUCAUCUUGGACUUGGCGCUGACGCAAGCAUGGUGCCUUAUGCCUUCGCAGACCGUGGCACGCCAGUGGGAGGAACCCCGCCUGGAUGGCCGCUCUUUUGCUGUGAGAGAGCAGUGCGUGGUCGGGAAUGUGCAGGUGCCCCUCCUGGCCAUCGGCAAGCUUCUUCGUCGAGGGUGGCAGCUUAUCAACGACGGCGAGGUAAAGCUCCAGGAGCCCUUCGGCCGAACCACGCCGGUGGGAUUUCGGCACAACAGCUUGGCGUUGCGUGGGCACAUUCGAGCGGUCCUUCUGGAAGAAGGGUCAGUGAAUGCUUUGACAGAAGCCCCUCGCAGCCUUCCGCCGAGCCCGCCAAUCAUCGAGCUCCCCCUGGAGCUCAAGAGCAUCCUAGGACAGGAGGGCAUGCAUGGGCUGGCUGGGGGCGUGAAGGCUCACUUCAAGGAUUCCGCCAACAGGCUCAUGGAUGGCCGUGCGAACCCGUUCAGCGUGAUCAGCAACACGGGUGUGCCAAGGCUGACGUUGUUUUCGAUGGACAGUUUUGGCGAGGGCUACUUCGAUGGGAAAGGCCGCGGAGCCCCUGCUCUCAUGCCGAGUGGUGGCUCGCAGGCCAACGUUGAGAUUGAGAUGGACGAUGAGACCGAGAAUGCUUACUUGGAAGAGUUGGCGUCGGGCCACGCUGUGGAGGAGAGCCAAAAGGCUCUCGCGCGAAGGCCUGUUCCAGUGGCUGAACCACCCGCAGUGCCAAGCGAGGCCGAGGUGAAGCAGCACCGGCUGACACAUAUUCCAUUCGCAGCGUGGUGCUCCGCCUGCGUGAAGACACGGUCCCGUGGAGACAAGCAUGGCACUCGCAAGGAGGUGGAUCGCACCCCCGUGGUACAAGUUGACUUCUUCUUCACCAGCGUGGACCCUGACGGACGCCCCAAGGACACCGAAGCCGAGGAGCAUACUUGCAGCAUGGUAGGCAUCGACGUUGACACCCGCAUGAUCUUGGCAGUGCCUGGUCCGAACAAGGGUGGAGGAGCCCUCAAGCGCUAUGUGGAGGAGCUGGUUCGCUUCACUAUCUCCUUGCACAACGAGGCCGCAAUCAUCAUUCAAUCGGACGGGGAGCCAGCAAUAAAGGCUGUGGUCCGCGCCACCACGGAUGCAAGGGCCCGGCUUGGGAAGCGCACUACACAGCGCACCACACCGGUGGGAGACCACCAGGCGAAUGGCGCGGCGGAGCGCGCAGUGCAGACCGUGCGGCGCUUGGGUAACACCUUGGUGGAGGCCGUGGAGGAGAUCCAUGGGAAGCUGCCUGUUGGGGCAGACCUGCGAGUGUGGGCGCAGGCCCACGCCGCCUUCCUUUACAAUCGGUUCCAUGUGUGCCCACACAUGCAGCUCACCCCGUUUGAGGCCGCCUUUGGUGGCAAGCCCUUCGACGGCAAGUUGUGCAUUUUUGGAGAGACCGUGUAUGGCAAGGCGAUCACUCCGUACAAGGGUGGAGCGCAAUGGAUUUUGGGCAUUUGGGUGGGUGCAAACACAUCGAAUGGCAGCCACCACAUCCUCACAGAGAAGGGCGCUGUCGAGGCAGCAGCGGUGCGCCGGUCCUCUGAACAACAUCCGCCGACAAAGUUUGGAGGCCUUCCUUGGAUGUCCUUGAGCGCUGUGGUGAGGCCCCGGAAAGUCAAGAAGCUUGGGCCAGAGCCAAUCGCAUUUCCUGUUGUGGACUCAGCGCCGGCUGAACCGACGGCGCCAAUGCCCAGAGAGGCGCUGGCGCCACCAAGGGACGAGGAGGCCGAGGCAGUGGAGCAGGCAGCCAAGCAGCUCGAGGCCACGUCGCAGCGAUCCGAUUCGAGUGAUGAACUUAUUGCGGGAGAGAUGGCACCUUCACCAGCCUCCAGGCGGAUGAGACCUGGACCUUCGAGCCCUGCGGCUGCGGCAGCAUCCGCCGAGCUUGGGGCAAGCCACAAGCGCAAGGCCGAGGACGAGCCAAACAACGCUCCAGCACAAGAAAGCGAGUCCAGCCACGCCACCGGCACCAAGCGCACGCAGGAGGAGGCAGACCUGGACGCCGAGCCCAUGACGAUCAGGAUAGUGGAAACAGUGGACGCCGAGUGGUUCGCGGCUGAUGGCGAGGAUGAGGAUGAAGUGCAGGAGGACCGCUCCAACCACGAGGAGCCUUACGCUACAACGAGCAAGCGCCUCGAGACCGGGAACGCCGACACUCCGCCAGACAUCGAUGCGCAGACGCUCCAGGACAUGGACGAAUUGGCCGAGAUCGAGGAGAUUGAGCGCCUAGUCAAGAUGGGCGUUCUUUUGGAGCCAGUCAACGGCGAGGAUGCGGACUUGCUGACGACCACAUUCGCCACAGCUUGGAAGAGCGAUAAAAGCACCUGGUGGCGAAGGGCGAGGCUUGUGGCCCGGCAAUACCGCUGGGCCAACGACAUGGACCCCGAGGACACAUUUAGCCCGGCAUCGAUGGGAUCACUGCUCAGGCACGUGCCCGUUUUGUCGCAAGCUUGGGGGACGCCGCUGUGGAUAUGCGACGUGAAGGACGCGUACCUGAAUGUCCCCCAACCGGAAGACGAACCCGUGGUCGUUGACGCGCCCCUGUCCUACGUGAAGAGGUAUGGGCCGAAGCGCUGGAAGCUUGGGCGGAUUUUGCCUGGGCAGCGUCGUGGGGCGCAGGAAUGGUUUCUCCAUUUGAAUGUGGAUUUGGAGGCGCAGAAAAUGGAGUCGAUGGUUGAAGUGCCGACGCUUUACAGAGCAAUGGCCCCUGAGGAGCGCAAGGCCAUCCAAGUGCAUGUGGAUGACGCGAUGCUGACCGGCGACGCCCACCUGGUGGACCCCCUCCUGGAGGAGCUUGGCAAGAGGUACACCAUCAAGGUCAGCGGGCCUUUCGGCCCUGGCGACGAAUUCGAGUUCCUCAAGCGGCGUUUCCGCAUCGAGGCCGAUGGCAGCAUCACAGUGCGGGCAGCCGCCCACUUCUACAUCGACAUCCACAACCUCCUUGGACAGCCUCGACUUCGACAGACUCCUGGACCCGCUGGGGAGCUCUUCGUGGCUGACGAGUCGGCCCCUUUGUCAGCAAACCAGGCCACCCUCUACAGGAGGGUGGUGGGAAAGCUUUUAUACAUCGCUGGCGAGCGUCCGGACAUCCAAGUGGUAAUUCAGUAUCUGGCGUCAAAGGCCUCAGCCCCAACUGAGGGGGCAAUGCGGGUGCUCAAGCACUUGGCUGGCUUCAUGAAGCAGACCGAGGGUCAUGGAGUCAACUUGAAGAUGGCCAAAGGGGCCACGAUCAUGGAGUUCGAACCUCAUGAGCCGCGCUCAAGCCAUUUGGUGGAGGCCGUUUCCGACUCCAACUUUGCUAAUGACCGGACGACCCGCAAGAGCCUCUCGAGUGGCCACAUCUACAUCAACAAGUGCCUGGUGUUCUCCUUCGUGCGCAGCCAGAAGGUGGUCACGCUCAGCUCUGGAGAGGCUGAGUUGGUUGCCUUGACACAGACAGUUGGCGAGAGCAUCCUUAUGCACAAGGCGUGGGAGUUCCUGGUCCGUGAGCAGACCUUGCACCUGGCUCGAAGCGACUCUUCAGUCGCGCGGGCCAUCGCAAGCCGGCUGGGCGUGGGGCGCGUUAAGCACUUGCAAACAUCGUGCCUAUGGGUCCAACAGUGGGUCCACCAAAAGACCUUGAAGGUGACAUCGAUAAGCACGAGCCGAAACCCCACUGACAUGGGCACCAAAAUCCUCAGUGCAGGGCGACUUCGGAUGCUUUGUGGCAUCACCGGAAUGGUGAACGAUUCGGGCGAGAGGGUUGGCAUCGAUGAGCUGCAGGUCGAGCUUGGAAAGCCGAAAGGAUGGACGCCGAAGAUGGCCAGGAUGAUCCAGCUUCUCAUGGCUGGGGCGCUUUCGGGAACACUGCAAGGAUGCAGCCUGGAUGAUGAGGACUACGCGACAAAGGUUGGUGGCUACGUGCUCUUCUUCGUGAACCUCGUGGACACCCUCUACACCGAGUCCUUCUUGGCGAUGGUCAUCGUCUUCUUCCUCAUGGCGGCGAUUCUGGUCUACGUGUUCGGCAUUACAUGGACAGUGGAGGUCCGUUGUGGCCGAGGUCGAAGCUUCACAUCAAGAGGGCUUGGGCCUGGCUACGAAACCCAGACCGAGGCAACAGAGAUCGAGAGUGAGCCGACAGAGACCGUGACCGAGCAGGCAGCAACUAAGCCACUACAGAGCCCCAGUUCGAGUGACUUGCCGCAUGGGGGACAACUUCGUGCAGUCCCUGACCAGCUACCUGGACGUGACAGCGGAGAGCAAGGUGACCGAGCAAGGCCUACUACGACGCGUGUGGUGGAGACGCCCGUGCCGCUGUCCUUCCGCUACGGCCAUGUGAGCCCGAACAAGUUGGUGUACAUAGCUCCAGCCUGGGGCUAUUCGUACCACACGAGGUGGUGCCAGAGCAGCAGAAACUCCUCAAAGCAGCGAAUCGAGAUCACCGUGUGCCAGGCUAUCCAGAGAGGCCUGUUUCCAUGCCAGCAGUGCAGCGGUGAUGACUUCAUGGAGCUCAAGGAGGUGAACCCCGACUAUUUCGAUAAGCUGCCCAAGAAGAAGCGUCGUUGA